AUGCUUUCACACGUCUUGCUCAUCAUCGCUACUGUAAUCGGUAGCGUAUGGGGUCAAAGCAAGUGCGAUGAUGGUCUGUACUCAACCUGUCAGACAACUCUCAACGACGCACUUCAAAUCAACAACACACAACCGUGGCGCAAUCCGGCUCUCUGGAGAGAUGAUGUUGAGCAAUAUUUCCGCAGUGGCUUCGAUGGGACUCGUGUCGUUUGCAAAGCCUUUCGGGAGUUCAAGAACUGUUUGGGGGGUAACUACACAGUGUGCACUUCAGCCGCUCACUAUAUCCAGGCCGGUGCAGCUGAAGUCGAUAAUGCCUACAUUUUCUCGUCGAUCUUUAAUGAAAUGCAUUACGUGUGCGGAGCUGGACUUCAAGUUGCCGCUUUGAACGACGCUUGUUUCCAGGCAACGUGGCAAAAUUUCGGUUCAACGAUUAGAUCGUGUCGACAAGCUUGGGAAUCCAUCGUUAAAGUAACACCCGGCGAUGCGUGUUUCCAAGCCAACAACAUGCUGGGCUGCAAUGAGGACUACUUUGGUCGACAAUGCGGAAAGACAAAUCAAGCAGCUAUGUUCUGGGGUUGUGAGUAUGCGAGAGUGCAAGUUUUCACUCGUUUCCCUCAAUGUCUCAUCUCAUGCUCAUUGCCAAUCGCCGGUGGUGGUGUCGGAAAA